GCUCUAUAUUUUGUAUGUUUUGGUGGUCUUUUAUUUAUUUAUUUAUUGUUUUUAGAGACCUUAAUAUUCUAUUACAGUAUAAUUUUUUCUUCUUUUUUUUUGGCUUUCUUUGUCCAAUUAUCUCCUUCUCCACUCUAAAAUCAAAGAAAGAGAAACCCAGUUCAGAAUCUCCCAUUGCUCUACUCUGUUCCAAUCCUGGAAGGCUGCAACUCCCGCCAAAAGGGGCUCAGACCUUUAUAUUUUCUUCAUCCAUCCCUUUUUCUUUUUCUUUCUUUGAUGGUAACGGUUACUAGUAAACCUUUCGACUACUCAAAAUGGAAGCUCUGAAAUCCCCUUUUCUCAGCUCUGUUCCUCUAAAAUUUCAAUCCUGGGAAACUACCAAAACCCCCAGACCCAAACCCGAACAGGAACCCGGUUAUACGUUCUUCCCCCGCUGCUCCUCCUCCUCCUUGAAUGUCACCCCAGACCCAUGGACGCUCAGCUCUGGCAACACCAACAAAACCCGCUUAAAUAAACCAAAACCCAAGUCCAGAAACCCAAAGAACCCACUUUCGGACGACAACGCCCGGAGAAUCAUCAAGGCCAAAGCCCAGUACUUGGGGCAACUCAGGAAAAACCAAGGCUCCAUGGCCCAGACUCCCAAGUGGAUCAAACGUACGCCUGAGCAGAUGAUGCAGUACUUGGAUGAUGACAGGAAUGGACACUUGUAUGGGAGACACGUAGUGGCUGCCAUCAAGAAAGUCAGGAGUCUAUCCGGGUUGCCUCGUGGAUCCUAUGAUAUCAGGCAAGUCAUGGCUUCCUUUGUUGCUAAGCUUACUUUUAGGGAGAUGUGCGUUGUGUUGAAAGAGCUCAAGGGUUGGAUUCAAGUGAGGGACUUCUUUUUUUGGAUGAAAUUGCAGGUAUGUUUUUUUUUUUUUUUUUUUUUAAUUUAUGAAAUAGAGAAAAUAGAUUAUACUUUAUAAAUACUUUCCCUUUUUUUGGUUAACUUUGGUUUUGCGUGGUGUGUAUCAUGAUUUUAUGACUGUGUUUUGUGUUAGUCAUUUUGUGUAUCUUUUUUUCAACAGAAUAUGCUAAACAGACCUUAUUAUUUUGCCUGUGGCAAUUAGUAUUUUUUAAGCUUUUGUUUUUGGCUUUCCUAUAUUGUUCACGUAUUAAUUUGGUGUAACAUUAGAUGGUAUGAUUAAACAGCUAAGCUAUCGGCCUAGCGUUAUUGCCUACACUAUUGUUCUUCGUGCCUACGGCCAAGUUGGGAAAGUCAAGCUUGCCGAGCAGGUCUUCUUAGAGAUGCUUGAAGCUGGAUGCGAACCAGAUGAAGUUGCUUCGGGAACCAUGUUGUGUGCUUACGCUAGAUGGGGGCACCACAAGGCCAUGAUGUCCUUUCAUUCUGCUGUAAGGGAAAGAGGCAUAACGCCCUCACCUGCAGUCUUCAACUUUAUGCUGUCUUCUUUACAGAAGAAAUCACUUCACAAAAACGUUUUGGAAAUUUGGAGGCACAUGAUGGAUGAUAAGGUGGUUCCUGAUCAUUUCACUUACACGGUUGUCAUUUGUUCAUUAGUGAAAGAAGGUCUUGCAGAUGAAGCUUUCAGGAACUUUGCUGAAAUGAAAAAUUUGGGAUACGUGCCUGAGGAAGCAACCUACAGUCUUCUUAUUACGUUGAGUAUAAAAAUUGGGAAAAAUGCCGAAGCUUUAGACCUCUAUGGUGAGAUGAGAUCACAUAAAAUUAUUCCGAGUAAUUUCACUUGUGCCUCCCUUCUGACAUUGUACUACAAAAGUGGGGAUUAUCCGCGAGCUCUUGCUCUUUUUAAUGAAAUGGUAAGGUACGGCAUUGUUGCUGAUGAAGUCAUUUAUGGAUUACUUAUAAAAAUAUAUGGAAAACUCGGUUUGUACGAGGAUGCUCGAAUGGCGUUUGAAGAGACACGGACUCUAGGCCUGCUAGUUGAUGAGAAAACGUAUACUACAAUGGCACAGGUCCAUCUCAAUUUUGGAAAUGUUGAUAAAGCUUUGAGCUUGAUUGAGGAACUGAAGUCAAAAAACAUUUUGUUAUCGAGGUUUACACUGCAUAUCUUGUUGCAGUGCUAUGUCAUGCUAGAAGAUGUAGCUUCUGCUGAGACCACAUUUCACGCCAUAUCUAAGACUGGAUCUCCACAAUGUUCCUCUUGUAAUGUUAUGAUUAAUCUCUUUAUGAAGCUUGAUUUGAUGGACAAGGCAAGGGAGUUCAUUUUGCAGAUCCGGGAUCACCAAAUUGAAUUUGAUGAGUUGCUUCUCAAAACAGUCAUGAGGGUUUAUUGUAAGGAGGGCAUGCUCACUGAGGCGGUGAAAUUAACAGAAGAACUUAGCAGAAUUGAGCCGUUUGAGAAGAGUACAUUCGUCCAGACAUUUUUGUUGGCAGUGCAAGAUGGAAGACGAGAAGCUGAGAUAAUCUCUUCUUUGCCCUCUGAAAAAAUAAACCUACUCGCACUUGAGCUGAUUCUUGACCUCUAUAUUGAGACAAAAGAUUUCGUGGAGGCGGAGAGAAUUUUUAAGCUGUUGCUAGGCACUUCCAAUGGUUUGUCAGUAGCCAGCCAGCUUAUCACAAAAUUUUGCAAACAAGGUGAUGCGAGGAAAGCAGAGUACUUGUUUCAUCUGCUGAUUGAGCAAGGGCAACAAGCAGAGGAUGCCGCUUGUGGAUCUUUGAUUACUUUAUAUGGCAAACAGCAGAAGCUGGAAGACGCCCAGAAAUUCUUUGCAACAGUGGCAAAAUCCUGUCAAGGACGCACAAAUCUGUACAGAUGGAUGGUUGCCACUUAUAUCAAAUGUCAUAAAGUUGAUGAAGCGUAUUUGUUUUACAAGGAAGAAAUUCAGGAAGGAAACGACUUUGGUCCUGUUGCUAUCAGCAUGCUUGUGAAUGCAUUGGCCAAUACUGGCAAGUUUCGGGAAGCAGAAGAUGCCAUUCAUAAGAGUUUUCAAUCUGGUUUGAAGCUUGACACUGUGGCUUUUAAUACUUUCAUCAAAGCUAUGCUUGAUGCAGGGAAGUUACGGUUUGCUGCUAGCAUUUAUGAUCGGAUGGUUUCCCAGAACAUUACUCCGUCACUUCAGACAUACAACACCAUGAUCAGUGUCUAUGGAAGGGGCCGGAAUUUGGACAAAGCUGUGAAGAUUUUUGACAUUGCUCAAAGUAGGGGCAUUCCUUUGGAUGAGAAAGCAUAUACCAAUAUGAUAUGCUAUCUUGGAAAGGCUGGUAGAACCCAGGCUGCAUCAUUUUUGUUUAACAAAAUGCAGGAAGAAGGGAUCCAACCUGGUAAGGUUAGCUGCAAAGUAAUGAUAAAGAUAUAUGCCACGGCCGGGCUUUAUAAUGAAGUGGAGGAAAUUGUGCUCAGAAUGAGGAGAAACGGAUGUCCCCCUGAUUCUGAUACCUAUCUUGUUCUUAUUCAAGCAUACGCCAACGCAUCGAAACAUUUAGAAGGCGAACAGGUUAUUAUUGAAAUGCAGAGGGAAGGAAUUCAGCCUGCUUGUGCCCAUUUCAAUGUCGUAUUGGUAGGCUACACUAGAACUGGCUUAACCAAGGAAGCUGAAAGAGUUUAUGGGGAACUUGGAAAGUUAGGCUUAACGCCGGACAUAGAGUGCAACCGGAGCAUGCUUAGGGGUUACAUGGAGGCCGGACAGGUGGAAGAAGGCAUCAUGUUUUUCGAGCGUGUGGGGGGUCCAAAGGACAGGUUCAUGAUGAGCGCGGCAGUUCACUUGUAUGAGUCUGCUGGUUUGAAGGAAAGAGCUGCAGUAGUAUUGAGUAGUAUGAGGAGAGAAGACAUUCCAUUCUUGAAGAAUCUGGAAGUAGGUUCAUGCAGAAAGAAAAUUGAGGACCGAAUGAUGACAACAGGUUCGUAGGGCAAACGCUGCCGCUGCAAUGUAGGAAAAGAGCUGGUAGCCGGUAACGGAGGUGAGUGUGUCUGGAGAUUAUAAUAAGCUAGCUGGGAAGUAGAGAUAGCUGCAAUGAUGAGUUGAAGUUGCUGAUAUGGAUGGGGGGGGGGCAUGCGAUUGUUGGAUAUUGUUUUGGGAAGUUGAGAUUGGAUUGCAUUUGCCACAGGAAUAAGAAGAAAUGACAAAACUGUUUGGGGAGGUUUGGGUGAAGUCGCGACGCGAGGAAGCAAAGAGGCAGAUUAGUACAGAUAAGAGGGAGAGAGACAGCAACAACUGCACAUGCAUGUAAUAUGAAAAGAUCCCUAUCGCCAGCUUUACCUGUUAUGGGAUGUGGGGCAAUCCUGUUGGAAUGAAGAACUUCACUCAAACUUGGAAUUGAUUGAUAUAAUAUUAACAAUUUCACAACUAGGUGACCUUCUGACAAACAUGUGACUUAUAGAAAUUCUAAUAAUAUAGUUAAAAGUUGAUUAAAUUUAAUAAUUGAAACUUUUGACUAUGCUCAUCAAUUUUUAAAUUUCACCUACAUAAAAUACAAAAUAUGUUACUCGUCUCAUAAAAAUAAUUCACAUUGAGGUUUGAGUUUCGUAUUGUUUUUAGUACAAAUUUGAAAAUUUAAUGUGGACUAUUUUUUGUAAGACAGAGGUAAAUUAUGUGUAUUUUCUUUUGGGCUCAAUAAGGUUUGAAUUUCGGUGAGAAAAAAAAAGAAAUUCGAGUUAAUUCAAAUGAAAGCGAAGAGAAAAGAAAAAUUUAUAACUUUUGGGAAGGAAAAAUAAAAUCUUCUAUUAUAAAUUAUGAAAUAUUUGCAUUUAUUUUUAAAGUCAACAUAUUUAAUUUUUCUCAUCAUGUAAAUUAUGACUUCUUCCAUAUUAAUAUCAUCAGAAUAUUACUAUCAUUUUAUGCUACAUUGAAAUAGAAAUAUAGAUUUUAAUUUUUGAAUUUUUUAAAAAAAAAAGAGAUUUUAUUUUAGAAGUUAAAGCCAUGUCUAUGUUGUCGAAUUAUAAUGCCCAAAUUUACAAAUAUUGCCUACUUUAUUAAUGGUCCACUCUACAAUGCUCCUAAUCUAAAUUCUCUAUUAAUUAUUUUAUCUCACACCAUUUUCCCAUUUCAACCAGGAAGAUAAUAAUAUUUGACACUGUAAAGGUGACAUUAUGACUGAGAUUUUUUACACACAAAUUGAAGAU